AUGGAAGAAGGUUGUUCUUCGUCAAUGGAAGAAGAUUUUGGUUUCACGUUCUACGAUGUAUAUGCCCGUGUUGUUGGUUUUGAUAAGCACAAAUCACAAAUGAGGAAAAUAGAUGGUGUUACUACUUGGUAUAAUGUUGUAUGCAACAAGGAAGGCAGCAAGAAGUCGAUCGAGGAUGACCAAGCGAAUGCACGGUCUGGCCCCACACUUACGUUCAAUGUGUUGAAGGAAAUACUCGGUGGUUUUCAGCUCGUUGGUUGCAAUGUUGGGGAUAUCAGGAAUGUUUCUCGAGACAUCAAAGCAUACACACAUGGUAUUGACGUACAAAUGGUGUUGGAUGAUAUGGCUAAGAAGAUGGAGCUGUCCGAGGCAUUCACAUAUGAGUACAAGGUUAAUGCUAGUAAUUAUCUAGUUGCUCUGCUUUGGUGCGAUGAUUUGAUGAAGAGGAAUUACCAUAUGUUCGGUGGAAAGGACAAUCAUGGACAACCAGUAACUUUUGUUGUUGGUUUGGUAAGCAACGAGAACACAGGUGCUUUUGCAUGGUUAUUGAAACAUUCCGUUGAAUGCAUGGGUGUUGCUCCAAAGAUGAUCGUAACAGAUCAAGAUUUGGGUAUGAGAUCGGCUAUUGAAGAGAUUCUUGUCGAGCAACACGCCACAGAUGACCUGCUUGAACCCGACGAGUUCGAAGAAGAGUGGAAUGGAGUAGUUGAGCGUUAUGGUCUGGAAGAACAUAGUUGGUUCAAGAUGUUGUACGAGUAUAGGCAAUUAUGGAUACAUGCGUACUUCAGAGAUUUCCCACUGGGGUCGAUGAUUAGGACCACCUCGAUAUCUAAGUCGGAGAACAGCUUCUAUAAAAACUUUUUGAAGCCACGCAACAACAUUGCCGAAUUCUACUUGAAUUUCAACCAAGUAGUGGAAUUUCAGCAGAAUAUUAGAACAAAGUUGGACUACCAAGACGCUACUCCCCUGCCUAUAUUGGGCACUACCUUGCCGUUCGAGAAACAUGCUUCUACUAUGUACACAGAUAGUAUCUUGAAGAAAAUACAAGAGGAAAUUGUUGAGGGUAAUGACAGAUGCCGCGUUUUGGGGUUAUCAUCUACAGACAUGAUUGACACCUACAAACUUGGAGACAACCUUCGCAAUUUGUACUUUGUGAGACAUGAUAAGACUGACGAGUCAUACUAG